ACCUGUCAAAGUGCCGUUCCGCUCGGUAUUUCGCAGAAACGCCGGCUGCCGUUGCCCUCCUCGGGCAUCGCGCUCUCCUCCCUCAUCGACCCUUUACGCGUGGAAUAUAUAAAGUCACGCUCUCGGAUCUAAAAUGCUAUUUUUAAACGUGACCUUGCGUCGAAGGACUGAACACCGGCUCGUGCCAGUCCUGAAGGAUUUCUUCGCAGCGCACUGCAUUGCAACAGAUCGGCAGCUGAAUGAAUAGAAACCGGGAUGUGGAGACUCGCUGCGGCACAACAGGACGUUACAGUGCUGAUGAACAACACGGCCUACAUACCACCGAGCUUAAGGGUCGCAUCUCCAGGACAUCAGUGCGGUAUGAACUCCUUCACUGACGCGCUGUUAACCUUGUAACACAGUAAUAAUUGAGCUCCAAUUUAUUCGCUGCUGCAGAACUAUGCAUCACAAGACAGGUGAAUGUGUGUGCUUGAUCCACCAAUCCUAUGCAAGAGAAGGAAAGACCAGCAGGGAGAUGGACUUUGCAUGCUGGAUGGUUUUGCUGACCUUCAAAGAGGAAACCAAAAUGAAAAAUUAACCAAGCGAGUGGCCUAAGCUCUUUGGAUAUUGCAUAACUCUUCUUUGCUCUUGGUUCACUCCUGGACUAUGUAGUAGCUGCUCUCUGGAUUAGUCUGCAGCUCAUGAGGGCUGGAGGUGCAAACAGAGGGUGCUGAAAGGUCUUUUAGAGCUGGGCCCGUCUGUAGAUGCCUUAUCCACCCAUGAGCAACGGAUUGAAUCGCAAACCACGAUGUGAUCAGCAAUAAAGUCAACAGCCAAGCAAUAAAAAGUGAAGAACUUAUGCAAACAAAGAUCCCAGCGCAGGUUUUUGGCCAUCGGCAGCAUAAAUAAAGUCUAACUAUGCUUCUGAACUGCGGUCAGCCACUGCCUCUCCUGAGGCACACGGACGUGCCGCCUCGAGUCAUAGAAAACUUUAUCCUGACGGGCUACCGCUUCCCAAACUACAGCCUGUGGGACUGCUUACUGUCAGCAUUCAGGCCUACCAAUGAAACCGGCAAUUUCUGGACACACUUUCUUCCCGUUUUCAUCUUUUUCUACUAUUUUGUGGAGGUUUUUGGUUGGGAAGGUGCGCCCGAUAGCAGUGAACCGUUCUUCUAUCCGCUGUGGAAUUACUUUAUUGGGGUGUUCUGUUUGCUGAUGGCCAGCAGCAUGGCUCACCUGCUUAACUCAAUGUCUCUUGUGGUAAGAGAGGUUUGCUUCUUCGUGGAUUACGGCACCAUCAGUGCGUACACGGUCGGCUCAUCGUUGGCAUACUACUACUACAUCCACCCUCAGGCAGGAAUAGCGGAGACAGGAAGCAGCUCCCGGGUGGAGUUGAAACGUGAAGCUGCAGCGUUUACCUCAUCCUAUGCAAUCCCAGAGUACAGCGUGUUCUUCGAGACCUGCUACAUCCCGUGUGCAUGUGUUGUAGCAAUCAUUUGUGUUUUAUCCUGCUGCAAUACUCGGCAGAGGUGGAGGCAGCAUCGAUACAUCAUCCGGACGCUGGUUUUUCUCCUUCCGUUUCUCAUCUCCUCCACGCCAAUCUUCUACCGCCUCCUCACUCGAUCGCCUUACUCCACCUCCUCCUCCUCCUUCAUCGCUUCCACCCCCAUGGCCUGCUUCUUCUAUCGCCACUGCCUCUGGUUGCUGGUGUCAGCCAUCUUCAACAUCAGCAAGUUCCCCGAACGCCUUGCGCCAGGACGCUUUGACAUCUGGGGGCACAGCCACCAGUGGUUCCACUGUUGCACAUUUUUGUCCAUCCUGGAUGAACUUCACAUGAUCAAGGCUGAGAUUAAGGCCAUCUUGCUGAGCCCAGCUUUGCUGCUCCCCCCCACCUCCCUCUCCCACCUCCCUGGACCCACCGUUGCAUCCACCUACGGAGUGAUGCUCCUCCUCCAGACCACCAUUGUCUCCAUCAUCGUGUGGUUCUCCUGGCGAGCCAACUGUAUCUAUGGAUCCCAGAGAGAACAGCUGGAAAAGGAGCCCCCCAAGAAGCACCUGAAGUGUCACUGAUCACGGAGAACUCUGUUUUCAUUGCCAUCAUUGAACCCGUUGUAUGUUCCCGUCCCCUUUGGAUUAUAAGGAUUAUAUGCUGAGCUCAUGUGUGGUUGAUGCAUAUCUUUGCCAGUUCUUUCCCAGACCUGCUGCAGCACGUUCUAACAGGAUGUCUGAGCGCUGGGAUAAUAACUACCUCUCGGGGCUCUACAAUUAUGGUUGCUGCCCAGGAGAACUAAUGUUCCACUUUACCACUGGUUAACAUGGCUUAGACGUUAGUGGGACCAUUAAGAACAUUUGCUGAUGAGCUGUCUGCUGUUAGGUCCUUUUUUGUUGUUCCGCUUCCCUUUUUUAUUUCGACCUUAAACGGCCUGUUGCCGCGGCCUCUGCUGAGCCCAUUGUUUCAUGUCUAAUGAUUCCUUUGAUAACAUACCUUUUCUUCCUCUUACUUGCACAAACAUACACACACGAAUCUCAUUUCCUGUCUGUUUUGCAAGUGACCCUUGCAGCAGGAAGUGGGCCUUGCACACGCCGACAGAAAUAGCUGAGAGCUCUUAUCGGUCUUACAGUGAAGCACUUUCAGGGGGCUGCUCGUACUUCCCCCGUCAUUAAGAAGCCAUGCUUAACUUUCAAAUCUGUGAGGACACAACACUUCAAAGCGUCCUUCUGAGUUAUUGACAUGUGAAAUGUGUUUGCGGUGGUGUGACUGUGUCUGCUGUUUGUGUGGUUUUCAUCGCACCCGGAGCCAGUUCCCCAUACGUUCUGCUGCGUACAGCAAACUCUCUUUUUAGACAUACUGGUGCAUUUAUAUCUUUAUGGUGAGAGCAAAGUCUGAGCUUCAGAAAUACUGCAGAGCACUGCUCCACUUUAAAGCUUUCCUUUGUUAACGUGAGCACAGUGACUGCAGCAGCAGUGGGCUCUGUGUCUGAGACCAUGAACAGCCUGUCACAGUCAAAGCCAUAGUCUGCAAACGUGUUGAGGUAACAUCACAGUUUCAGUUCUUUAUGCCUACGAGCUGAUACGACCACGUGUGUUAUCGUCUUAUUACAGUCACGUAAAAUGUUCCUAUAAAAGUCUCCAGACUGCAUACAUGACAGCUCAGUCUGUACACAGCUCAGUUUGUCCACAGCUCAGUUUGUCCACAGCUCAGUCUGUACACAGCUCAGUUUGUCCACAGCUCAGUUUGUCCACAGCUCAGUUUGUCCACAGCUCAGUCUGUACACAGCUCAGUUUGUCCACAGCUCAGUUUGUACACUACAUACGUCAGAAAUUAGGAAUCGAUCUUACAGUUUCAUACAGACGUGUUUUACCACAGGUUUAAACACAGUUUGUCACUUCUGGAUGUUCAUGGAUGGAAUACUUUUUAAAUACAGGCUGAAACCAGCGACGUUCAGUGAGUCCAACAUGCCAGUGAACAGACUGAGGCUAUAAGUUAAAUGUUAACUUUACCAGAGAAGCCACCGACUCUUUAUUGAGCAAAGUUUAGCUUUAUGGUGUUUGAUCACAGCUCCUCAGCCAUGAGACUUGGACCCUGUUUUGUAGGGUUUGGUUUAAACACCAUCCAUGUACAUCCUGAUAUUUAGAUGUGGAUUGUCCAGAGAGAGCAUUAGUAGAUGAAGUGAACAUAUAACCUCUCAUGUGCUGAGAACUACAACAUGGUGGCUGUGGCUGAGGAGCAGGUCAGCUACUAAACAGGUUGGUGGUUUCAUUCCUGGAUGUCAAAGUAUACUGGGCCAGAUAAACCACCAGUCGCUCCAGUCUGAGUGUGAAAGAUGUAGAAAAGAUGCUGGUAUGAAUCUGUGGGUGAAUGAGAGCUGCUGUAUAAAGUGCUUUGAGUAGAUUAGAAAAGCUGUAUAAGAACCAGAUUUCACCAUACAGUGACUAAUGUCCCCAAAUCUGUACUGCUGAACACAAACGUCAGUGUGUAAUAAUAAUAAUAAUGAUUUUAGCCAAACAGAAAUAUUCUUCUGAUCAUUUAGUUUCACGUCUUCCAUCGGUGUAGUCCGGUCCUCCACGUCUGCCGGGGGAUGAGACGUAGUUUGCACACUUUAAACCAACAAUGACCGUCAGUGUUUUUCUCUUUGACCUCUUUUGUUAAUCUCACGUGAUGACAUUGUGAUUAUGUACUAAAAUCUGCACAUAUACCUGCUUAUACUUGCACACCAGAAACUAAUUAGACAUGGAUCCGAGUCGUUUAUUACACUGGAAGAUGUAUGGAGGGAACAUCCUGACAGGGUGAAAUCAUGCUGCACUUUCUUUAGGCUCCUCAUCUGGUUCCUCUGAGGGUCUGUGGUACUGUGACAUUUCUGUACUGCUGUCUGAUGAACGGCCUGAGACAGUCUGGUUAUCGAGGAUCUCAUGUUGAAGCAAUGUUUUUACCUCAACUCAGCAGUGGAAUGGUUGUUGCUGAGAGAAACCAUCGCUGGGACAGCUCGUGUCCCUGAGUCUGUUAAGCUGUGUUCAGUAUGUGAAUGUUAGACUACUCAUCUUACCUAGUGAAGUACUCAGGGGGAAGAAAACUCUAAUAGAUUAUUUACACAUGCAUUUAAUGAUGAAUGACUUCAGGUCAUUAUAGCACUCGGUGUACAAAUCCUUCUUAAUCAAAUAGUGUAUCUUUGAGUUUUCAAUAAAUUACACAGAGAACUUU